UUUCGCUCGCGGCUCUCACCGGUAUUUCUGUAAACUUUUUCUAUGGCUUCUCGGUCUUCUUGCUCGCAAAUCUGAAUCUUCAAAACCCUAGCACGCGUCCCGAUAACUGCUCCACCAAUGGCGAGAAGAUCAGCGUUACUUCUUAAACAGCUCCUCGCGGCAUCACAAUCGUCCGACACUCCCAACAUCAUCUCUUCAUGCUCCCGAUUUAUUCCCUCCCGAUCCGUCACUUACAUGCCCCGACCCGGGGAUGGGGCUCCACGCGCCGUGACCCUCAUUCCCGGCGAUGGAAUUGGACCUCUCGUUACAGGCGCUGUUGAGCAAGUGAUGGAGGCGAUGCACGCGCCGGUUUACUUCGAGAAGUAUGAAGUACACGGUGAUAUGCCGAGAGUGCCGCCGGAGGUGAUCGAUUCGAUAAAGAAGAACAAGGUUUGCUUGAAGGGUGGAUUGGCUACACCCAUGGGCGGUGGUGUUAGCUCGCUGAACGUGCAGCUUAGGAAAGAGCUUGAUCUGUAUGCUUCGCUCGUGAAUUGCUUUAAUCUUCCUGGUUUGGUGACGAGGCACGAGAAUGUUGAUAUUGUCGUGAUUAGGGAGAAUACGGAGGGAGAGUAUUCUGGCCUGGAACAUGAGGUCGUUCCUGGAGUCGUUGAAAGCCUUAAGGUAAUCACAAAGUUCUGCUCAGAGCGUAUAGCUAAAUAUGCUUUUGAGUAUGCUUAUCUAAACAACAGAAAGAAAGUGACUGCUGUGCACAAAGCAAAUAUUAUGAAGCUAGCAGAUGGUCUAUUCUUGGAAUCUUGUCGAGAGGUUGCUACAAAGUAUCCUGGAAUCAAGUAUAAUGAAAUUAUUGUGGAUAACUGCUGCAUGCAGCUUGUUUCAAAGCCUGAGCAGUUUGAUGUCAUGGUAACCCCAAAUCUCUAUGGGAAUCUAGUUGCAAAUACGGCAGCAGGUAUUGCUGGAGGUACUGGAGUAAUGCCAGGAGGAAAUGUGGGGGCUGAUCAUGCUGUGUUUGAGCAAGGUGCUUCCGCGGGAAAUGUCGGUAAUGAGAAAUUAUUGGAACAGAAGACAGCAAACCCAGUAGCACUGCUUCUCUCAUCAGCCAUGAUGCUCAGACAUCUUCAGUUUCCUGCUUUUGCCGACCGAUUGGAAACUGCUGUGAAACGAGUCAUUCUUGAGGGCACACACCGGACUAAAGACCUCGGAGGGAAAAGCACCACCCAAGAGGUUGUUGAUGCAGUGUUGAAUGCUUUAGACUGAUACAAUAUAUUUCUGCUUAUCUGCUGCACAAAGGAACCCUCGUACAUUCCACACUAAGCUUUCAUAGUGAAAUUAUCCACUCUUGGCCCUGAAUAAUGCCAAUCCAAUACAGAAAAUGAUGCAAUUUUCUGAAACGAUUUAUUGAGGAGGUGAUCACAAACGGCGUCACUCCUUUCAUGACAUUAUUAAUUUAUGCUUCCAGCUCAUUUUGUUCAUGGCGUUUUCAUAGAAACUCGUGUUAAUUUUGGAAUGACUUUCCAUGUAAUAAACAGAGAUUAACUUGAUCAAUUAGAAAGCCCUCCGCUUUUUGUCUACGGAUCUUCUUUUAAA